AUGGUUCGUACUACGUUGGGGACGCGACGUGGACUGGGCCUUAUAUUAACUGACGGGCGGUUUUACAGCUUCACAUGCAAGGCACGGCACACCCGCUGCGACGAGAAGAAGCCGGUUUGUAGCAACUGCGAACGGCUGGGGCUGGAAUGCCGUGCAAGCGAGUUCAUCGCCUAUUCUCGCUGGUGUCCGACUGAUCAAAGCUCCACCGGCCGUCGGGAGAGCUUCGCUAGCGCCGUGGAUCCUCAGACGCCUGAUCCACCAACAUCAACGUGGGAUAUCUUUCGUCUCGAUUUGCCCGGAUUGAAGAGCUCUGGCGGAUCUGCCCAUAAUGGCUCCUCCGAAUCCUCCAGUCAAUCUGCGGCCUCAACCACACAUCCGACCUUCCAGCCAAAAGCGCCAUCGCCUUCAAUACCGCUGACGCCAGAGAUGGUGUUUCUCCUCAACGAAUACCGGAAAGGUCUCGCAAAAUGGAUGGAUAUUUUCGAUCACAGCUGCACCUAUCAACGGGAAAUUCCCAAGCGUGCCUUGACCUCUGAGCUUCUUCUUUUCUGCAUCUGCGCGUUUACCGCCAGACAACUGAGUCUCUCAGCAUCCGGAGAGAUCUGGACGCCCGUGGCCACCAACUAUUACGCGCAAGCAUUGACUUUGCUGAUCAAACUAUUGAACAGCCCUGCACCUCAAGAUAAUGCAUUGAGCGCUGUCAUGCUCCUGAGCAGUUAUGAGGUCUUGGCCGCGCAAGGACAAGAGCACCGGCGACACUAUGAAGGCGCUAUGAAGCUUAUCUUCAUGCAAGGUAUUAGUGCCCGAGCCUGCGGGCUGGACCGAGCUAAUUUCUGGAUUUGGAUUCGACAUGAGAUCACAAUAUCAGUUAUAAAUGGAACCCCUCUGCAGAUGAGUCCAAAGUAUUGGAAUGUUAGCUGGCGAGAGGGCGAGACGGAGGAGGAUGCCUUGGGAAACCAGUUGUUAUGGCUAGUCGGUCGAGCUGUUGACUGGGUAUAUGGCAGUGGGACACUAUCUGAAUAUUAUGAUCUCUUGCGAGAUACAGAGCAUUGGUAUGGGGGCUUAUCCGAAUCCUUUCGGGGGGUCAAGUUUGGUGGUCUGGUCGAAGACGGACUUUGCAAGGUGCAUUUCGCUCACCCUGCCGCUGCUGCCGCCAUGAUCUGGUACCACCUUCUCCAUAUACUGCUUUAUGCCGAACCUGUGCUUAGGGAUGUUGCAUACGCACCAAACCCGGAAAGCACGUUGAGAGCGUGA